AUGAAGGCUAUUAUUGAUUUCAUUAUGGGAAAAAUAUUGAAAUUUGGAAAGUCAUGGUUUGAAGUUGACUUUGUUUUCAUGCCAUUUCUUAUUCCACAAGGAAGGGGGAUUUAUUUAGAUCAUUGGAGCUUAGGAGUUUUACAUAUAGAUAAAAAGAUUAUCUAUAUCUAUGACUCAUUUAAUAGUCCCAAUAACAAAGAUGUUGAAACACAAGUGAAGAAAUAUUGCAGAAUUCUUCCAUUCAUUUUGGAUUAUUUGGGCUUCCAUGAAAAACGUAAACAUUAUGCACCUAUGUGCGAGGAUUUUAGGUUCUCAUGGGUUGAAACUCCUUUUCAGAAUAACACGUUUGAUUGUGGUAUUUACGUGAUAAAAAUGGCUGAGUUGUUAAUGAUGGGGAUGUCUCCAUUCAAAAUUGGUCCAAACAAUAUUGUUGAUAUGAGAAGGAAGAUGGCCUUAGAAUUUUGGGAUCAUGGGUACAAGAGGAAGCACGGUCAUGAAACUCCAGCAGAGAACUUGUGUCAAGUAUGA